CCCGCAUUCAUCAAUUACACACUGUACAAAGCCUGUUCAUUGUAUUUAGUCAUCGCACAGUUAUUUUUAGGCGUGAGCACUCAGCCAUCACCUAGCAUGGUUACUACAGAAACAGAAGAAUCAGUCCGAGCCCAGAACAGCUCUUAUUGUAUUUGUUGGCUCAAAUAGUUGCUUGGGAGCUAGAAUGAGUUAUUUCAGUGUAAGACGGUAGAGAUCUUGGAAGGGAAAACAGGGGUGAAGACAAACCAGAUAUGAAGUUUACAGCAGAUAUUGUGGUAUCUUGCCAGAGAACACAGGACAUUAGACAUUUCUUGCAUACAGGCCAAAGCCUGCAAAGGUGGAAGCUUGUUGGAGAGCACCUGAAGCAGCAGCAACAGAGGAAGAAGGCAACUCCUCACGCAGUGCUCCAAGUGACUGUAAAACAGAUCAUCUUUUGACUGUACAGCAGAAACAGUAGACACAGAAUACUGGUAACCACCUGCAUUGAGUUAAGUUUCACUGACAGUAGCAGACAAAAGUCAGAGGUGUGGAGUCUGUACCUCACUGUAAUUCAAUGUUCAAACAGCAGAGGGCAGCAGAGGGCUGAUGUGGACAAUAGGCACUGUUUUAUAGAGAUGUUUGUGUAGUAUAUAAUGCAAAUAAACAAUGGGGUUUGCGCCUUAGGAUCAUAAAUGGCAGCACGUGCGAGUAAUGUUUAAAUGAUUUCUGUAGAAAAAACAGUACUGCAUCAAAUCCACUCUUACUGAAUCACAGCGCCUCGGUGGUGCUGUGACUCUUGCAUUGGAACGUCUUUUGUGGGAUUUUGUAACGAUGGUAUGGCCCUGCCCUAUAAGUAAAGAAAACAUCACACCGUACGCGCGCUCUGCUGCCAUUGACGUUCGCGGGUUUCUCCAGAUCAUCAUAUAUUUCUUGAACCGUUUGGAAACAUCCAGAGCAUCAAAACAGCACUGGCUGCACAUUUGCUGGACACCUAAGUUUUUUUUUUCUUUUCACUUUUUAAAUCAUAAUUUAAACGUUGGAGUCAACGAGGACAAUUUUUGCAUUUAGUUUUCCAGGCAUCAUGCCGAUACAUUUACUUUUCUGGUCUAUGUUUGAAUUCGAUCCUGCAGAUAAACUGAUGUAUCUUUGGGCAUCUGUCUGAUUUUAGAGCGUUGUCGGCCUCAUUUGGUGUGAACCCUUAUUUGGAGAGAAUCGAUGCCACCUCUGGCAAGAAGGUGAAAAAUGUGAUAUUACUUUGUUUUCUUCAGGUCAUUUCAAGACUCUUAAAGAUGGGUCAUGUUGGUUGACUGCAGAUGGACUGACCACGGUUGCACAUGGGAUUUGAUUUACCUUGUUUACCUCCUGAACAGCACAGAGCUCCUGACUGCCUCUCUGAUUUACAGUAUUGUGUGGUAGCUAUUUACAGUCAGCCUUCCGCCUCCUUCCCACUGGUUCCUCCACUUGAAGACCCACUCUCCAAACUGCCCUACAUUUCCCAAAUAUGAAUUUCGACCAGAUCCUCUCUGCCAUCGGAGGCUUCGGCAAGUAUCAGAAAAUUUUGUACAUAUGGAUUUGUUUACCCCAGAUUCUCCUCGCCUUCCACAUGAUGGUGAGCAUCUUCACCGGAGCCACGCCGCCGCAUCACUGCCGAGACAACUCGAGCUCAGCAGCCGGGAAUCAGUCCCUCCUCACCGACACGCUCAGCCUGAACUUGAGCCUCUCGGACUCCUCCUGCUUCUCCUCCGAUGUCCUGCCGCUGGGCAACCGGACCGAGCGCGUCCCGUGUGGCCAUGGAUGGGUGUACAGCAAGGAGACUUUCCAGAGCACCACAGUCACCGAGUGGGACCUGGUGUGCGACAAAGCUGGACUGAACAGUCUUGGUUCAUCUAUCUACAUGUUUGGCCUGUUGGUGGGAUCUGUGGUGUUUGGAGCCAUGGCUGACAGGUACGGUCGACGUUUCGUCCUGCUGCUGUCCAUCGCUCUGCAGACUGUGUUUGGAGUCGCUGUGGCCUUUGCACCCAACUUCCCUGUCUAUGUGAUUCUUCGCUUUAUAGUUGGCACAACCAUAUCUGGAGUCAUCAUCAAUGCUUUUGUACUUGGCACCGAGUGGACCUGCACCAAGAGACGCAUGCUGGCUGGCAUCAUCACAGACUAUGCCUUUGGCCUGGGCUACAUGCUGUUAGCAGGUGUUGCAUAUCUGAUACGAGACUGGAGAAAACUGCAACUGGCUAUAUCAGCCCCUGGCUUCCUGCUCAUCUUCUAUAUAUGGGUGGUUCCCCAGUCUGCCAGAUGGCUGUUAGCCAACGACAGGAGAGAGGAGGCCAUCGCACUCCUUCGCAAGGCAGCGCUUGUUAAUGGCCGAGUUUUACCUCCUGUUGCACAAGUUGAGAAGUGUGAGAUUUUAAGCGGAGGGAAGCGAAGUCACACGGCAGUGGAUCUCGUACGAACACCUCAGAUGAGGAAGAGGGCUAUCAUCUUGUUCUACAUCUGGUUUGUGAAUGUGCUGGUGUACUACGGCCUCUCGCUCGGCGUGUCCAGGUUGGGGACAAACCUCUAUCUGACCCAGUUUGUGUUUGGGUUGGUUGAGAUUCCAGCUCGUUCUCUGGUCCUACUCGUCCUGCCCUGCAGCCGCCGAUUCACCCAGACCGGUUUCCUGGCUGUUGGAGGCCUCGCCUGUCUGCUAAUGCUCACUGUCCCUGCAGAUCAUCCCAAUGUGCUGACUGGUCUUGCCAUGGUGGGGAAGUUCGGUAUAGCUGCUUCCUUUGCUGUAAUUUAUGUGUACACUGCUGAGAUAUUCCCCACUGUGCUACGGCAAACAGGAAUAGGUGUAUCCUGUAUGUUUGCAAGGAUGGGUGGUGUGUUAGCACCCGUCAUCAACAUGCUUUAUAACCACAGCCCCGUUACUCCUCUGAUCAUCUUUGGUACCUCCCCGCUGGUGGGUGCUGUCUUGGCCUUGGCUCUGCCUGAAACUGCUGACAGACCUCUUCCUGACACAGUGGAGGACGUAGAGAACUGGGAUAUGAGGUCGCCUUCUGACAAGGACAAUGCUGAGAUGUGUGACGGUAUUCACCAGUCAGUCAGCAGAACAGAGCAGGAGCAGGAACAGGAGCAGGAGCUACAACAUCUAGCAGGCCAGACUUGACAGUAUUUGCAUGAAUGCACACAUGCCAUUUUUCACACAUUAUACAGCCUCAACUUUGAUACCAGAUAUAGUACUUCAAACAUCCUCUAUGCAAUAACAGGUCAGGAUCUGAAUAAGAGCUCUAUGCAAGAAAGCCAAACACUUUUCAGCCACCAAACUAGCAUGCAGGUGCAUGCAUGUGUACACAAAGCAGGCAUUCAGUUCUGGUGCCAAGGCAAAUCAACAGCUUACUGUUUUACCAAAUGCAAGUAAACGCACAUAUUUGUCAGGAAUAGUCCUGUUUACAGUCUUUUGCAUUUCUCAGAAUUUAACAUUUUUAUUCGAAUUUUGAGAACUGGUUUGAUAUAUAAUGGACAUCUAGUCAUGUGGGGAAACUGAAUAGACAGUUCCCCUGAAGACUUUGCAGAAACACAGAUUGCAUAUUUGUAUAUAUUUCACCAGCUCAACUCAGACUUCUGAACAUGUGCUGAUGUGAACAAUCAGUCUGGGAAAGAAGAUUGGGCAGAAUGCCACUUCCUCUCUAAUGCAGUACACAAAAUCCUGUUGAACAACUAUUUUUAGGAAUUUGUAUUUUUCAGGACAUUAUUACAUUUUGUGCAGAUCGUGAAAGAAAAACACUAAUAUUUUUGUAUAGAAGUGUCUGUGGACUGUUUGUGGAAUAUCUUUGUCGUAUCUUAAUGCUGUAUCGAACAAGCAACUGCCUCGUUUUCUAUUUCAUGUUGUCAAACCGAGAAAUGAAACUAGUCAAGUGAGACUGCAUGCACUAGUUACCUAUAAUGCCUAAUGUAGCCUUUUGUUAGACAACUGUAGUUUGUUUGUAGUUGUGUAUGAAAACUGGAAUGUGACUGUGAUCAGCAUGUGAAGAGGUACUUGAUUUUAUCUUCUUUUUUUUUUUUUUAUAAGUUUAUCUUCAUUUUGUUACUCUGAUGUAAAAUUACCUGCCAUGAUGACUUGGAUCUGUGAAAUAUCUAGUACAUCUUUUUUAGUGUUUAAGGGCUGUUACUGCAUAUAUGAGUGAUAUAAAAAAAAACAAGCAUGGAUCAGAGGCAAAGGUCAUGUAGGAUUUUAUGUUACUCAGGAAAAGGGAUUUUAUUCAUCAAUAACUUUGAGGCCAGUAUGAUCUGGAAAAUAUAAAGUGUGUGGAGGGGAUAAGCAGCUCCUCCGCUGCAUGAAUUUAGAAAGCAUGCCUUACUGCUGCCCACAGCAUGUGGGUAUAUUAAAUCAACCACAGAUGUCACUCAAGCCAGCAAAUGAACAAUUUUAAAUUUUUUUUAUUGCAUUGAUUCCAGCCCAGUGCAUUUGCAACAAUGCAGCAAAAUACAAAACAUUAUCAACAAAUGGAAAUGUGCCACAAAAUUUGUACAACUGAAAUGAAGGCACUGUGUGCUGUCUGCAAUAAAACUGUUAAAACCAUAUUUGAAAAA